CACGCCAAACUUGCGGCGGGGAAUUUAAAGACCGCGUAAAUAGGCGGUCCUGAUGGUGAUAUACACAGUGUUUAAGUACCCCAUGGCAUAGCAUAAAUAGAGCGAAGCGAGGAGAUUCAACAGGAGUUUAUUUAUCAAUCUUAGAAUCACAGAAUCAAGAAUAUCGUUUGCGAAGUUUUCACAGUUAUAGGCUAUCACAGACGCAAAAAAAAAAAAAUCAUGGCCUCAUUUCAAACGAUGGUUUGUCGUUUUCUAAUUGUUAUCGUUUGCGUGCAGUACGUACUGUCUUCGAGCGUGUAUGUCGGAAGACCUGGAUACAUAGAGCCCGAAAGAGAAGCAUAUUGUGAUGAUAUGGACAGCACGCGAUGCAGGAGAAUUAUGGAGUGGUUCGGGAGAGACCUGUGCGACACUUCAUCGCUAAGUAGGAUGUGCCCCAGGUCUUGUGGGCUUUGUGAUUGCAAAGAUUUCAACGACCGUCUGUGCUCGAGGCUUUCGUUUUACUGUGACAAACGGGGGAAGACUGCAGCUCAUGUUCGUCAUGCCUGUCCGAAGACCUGUGGUAAUUGUAGCCGCGUAGGCGAACCGGGGAAAAAGGGCGAGCAAAUCGUCUCACUCAUAAAGUAAAACUUUCGCAUCGGAGAUUAAAUAGGCAUCUGCUCAGUCGAAACAACUCUAGAAGUCAUUGUGGCAACAUGGCUUUAUCAGCGGGAAACCUGCGAGGGUGGUAAUGACGGAAAAACAUGACUUAACGCUUCAAAUAAACUCAUUUCAGAUCUAAUAAGGCGGGAAAAUUUAUCUAAGUACUUAGUGAGUAAUAGCAAACAAAAUACCAAAUGCGACGUUUUUUUAAUUGAUGCCACUUUUUGUAAAGUGUCAUUGAAAUUUGAGCUUCUCGUUCCUGAGCUCAUAGAAAGCGCAAGGAUGAUCAAGGGAAAAAAAUCUUAAAAAGCAAAAAUCUGGGUAUGUGCAUUUCGGCCUCACGUUAUUUGUGUUUCAAAAAUCAGUCAGGAAUACAAGGAACCGAUUGCCAUUGUAAGAAAUUGUGUCUUCUUUUUUAAUCUCGAAUUGCGAAUUUUCCAGGUUCUUCCGGCAUGUCGCGAGGGUGUAGUAAGGAGAGGGUGGGGUGGAGGGGGUAAUGGAUCAGAAGAAUUUAUGGAUAGCAUAGGAACACGAAAGUAUAAUAAUUAAAGGAUAAAAGCUCGCUUUUUUUCACGAAUGUAUUAGAAGGUAAAAAAAUCAACACCACAUCAAAAUGGGACGUAUAAUAAUUUAACAAAACUAGAUAUUUACAUACUAAACAUAUAUACAUAUCCAUAAAAUACUAAUGUACAUAAAAAAAAGAAAUUAAUAAAUAUACGAAAGGA